CCAUGGCCGAGACCCAAGCCAUCCCGUCCACCCGCGUGGAAGACCACGACCUGCUCGGCUACCUCGACAUUGUCACCGAGGUGGCCAAAGAGGCCGGAGCUCUCAUUGCGGCUGCAUACGCCAAGCCGGCUAAGCACUCGAGGGUGCAGACCAAGGCGACCGAGGUUGAUCUGGUGACCGAGACCGAUGUCGCAAGCGAGAAGCUGAUCUUCACCCGCCUAGCUGCUGCCUUUCCGGACUUUGCCCGCAUUGGCGAGGAGUCUGCGGCCGAGUCGGGCGUUGUCCCACCGCUCACCGACGCGCCGACAUGGAUUUGCGAUCCGCUCGACGGAACCACCAACUUUGUCCAUCGCUUCCCGUUUGUGGCCGUCUGCAUCGGUCUGGCCAUCAACAAGGAGCCCGUGCUCGGUGUCGUGUACAUGCCCAUGCUCAACGAGCUGUACACUGCAGCCAAGGGCCACGGCGCCAGACUCAAUGGCGCCAAGAUCUCGGCCUCAGGCAUCACCGCCAUCAACGACGCCCUCAUCGCUCAGGAGGUCGGCUCAACCCGGACUACCGACAAGGUUGACUUCCUCAAGACCAACUACGGCGCGCUCAUCGGCGACACACCAGGUGUCCAUGCUCACUCGCUGCGCUUCCUCGGCUCAGCAGCUUGCAACACUUGCUACGUCGCCAAGGGUGCCCAGGAUGCCUACUUUGAGUGGGGCCCGCACUGCUGGGACUUUUGCGCCGCCGCCAUUGUCGCCACCGAGGCCGGCGCCACUGUCUGUUCCACCGACGGCUCGCCCUUUGACCUGUACGACCGCCGCAUGCUUGUCGCCUCCACCCGCGAGCUCGCCGAUGCCAUCGUUGCCCAGAUCGACACCACCUACCCGCAACCUCGCGAGGACGAGCCGUCCGAGUCGUAACAAAAGGAUUGCAUGCUAGA